AUGGUCAUGAUUCAAUCGUUUAUUGCUGGAGCCCUUUUCUUUGUCGUGUCUGGUACUUUAGCUACCAAUGUCGCAACUAUCUCGAAUUGUCCGGCUCUCACUGCUCGUGCUACUGCUGCUGCUGACGUGACAGAUCUAAGAAUUGAUGACAUAAAGGUGAUUGGCGCGUUAGGAGAUAGCAUCAUGGCUGGUUUCGGUAUGAUGGGAGUUGAUUACGAUGGCACCGGUGUCCUCAAUACUAGUUUCCUUACUGAAUACCGUGGCAAUAGUUAUGGCAUCGGUGGUGAUUCGGGUGCUGUUACGCUUGCAAACUUUGUAAAGCGUUAUGAACCCAAGGUGAAAGGCGCAUCUGUACUCUCACACUUGGUCUCCUUGUGCAAAUCUGGAAAUUGUAGUUCAGCACUUUAUCGUCCACUUCGAGAUGUCUUUAAUGCUGCCCAGAGUGGCGCGGUGGCAAUGAAUUUGGAUUUUGAAUUGGACUAUCUUAUCAGUAAUAUGAAAACAGUUGCCGGUAGUACGAGUUUUCAGAACGAUUGGAAGAUGAUAACCAUUCAAAUUGGUAGUAACGAUCAAUGUGCUUCUUGCAACAGCACCAUUAUGGAUAAGGUGACUGCAACAGCUUACGCUCAGUAUGUCGAGGCAGCAAUUGAGCGUAUAAAGAAUGAGAUUCCUAAAACCGUCGUUAAUUUGAUUGGCACAUUCAAGGUGUCUGGUGUUUUCCCUCUCUCUGCUGGUCAAAGCUAUUGUGUUCCUAAUGGUCUUUUGCAAAAUAUCGGAGAAUGUUCUUGCUCCGCCUCUAAUAAUUGGGCCAAAAUGGAUGCUCUUUCAGAUGCUUAUAAUGUUCAGUUACAAAGUAUCGCUAACAAGUACAAGGGAACCACUGGUGGUACAUUUGCUGUAAUGUACAGCCCAGCCCCUAUUGACCUCUCCUCGUUCCCCAUUGAUGCGUUGAGUAAUAUCGAUUGUUUCCAUCCUAGUUUGAAAGGACAUCAAUGGUUCGCAAAAACUUUCUGGAAUCAACUUUUCUUGCCUAGUGAUUUCAAGCCAUCUACUUAUACUUUUGACGCAAAUCUCGGUGUCUAUUGUCCCACUGAUAGUGACCGACUCCCCACUAUUUAG